AUGCUGAAUAUUGAAUGUUUACCAAUACUUGUGGUGAGUGCCUGUGACAAUUCUAGGGCUACUAAAAUUGUGUCUGAUGUGGUGCAACAGGAUAUAUCUCAAAAUAAUACAGAGAGUGGAGAGUAUUGUACAUGGAAUAUAGAGAAUAAGUACUACAAUGCAAAGGUAUCAAUUCAUGCACUGCUAGAUGAACAGACACCACCGUUACAUCUUACUCCUACAGUGGAAGCUCAUCUUAUUUAUUUAGAAGCUGAUGAGGGUAAAGAAGUAGCGGAAAGACGCCUGCAUUUAAGCUGGGACCUGGUAGCUAAUGCGCAGGUGCGACUUAUUCUCAAAGAUGGAUCAGAGAGUGAGGCCCUAGUUGACUGGGCACUGCGUCAUCACUAUGAGCUAGUCACAUUUGCGUCUCCUACAGAGGAUUUUGAUGAUGAAGAAGAAGACAGUUAUGGCUAUCAACGCGUGCGCUCUGCCCUGCAUGCCCACACUUGGCACGGGCUUGUUCGCAUAGAUGGACUAGAUUUGCCUGCAUCAAUAACCAAUGGUAAUUCUGAAAAUGAUGUGAUUAGCUCAGAUUCCGAUGAAAGCUGCAACUCUUGGGGCUCUUGGGAACAAUGGAGCGGCGAACGCGAAGCCACCUUUGCAAACAUGCUUGGAUCACUGCAAACAGACCGUAAUGCUCUGAAUUCGUUAGCGGAUAACGAACGACGGCGCCAAGCAGAGCUGCUGCUAAAAGCUUUUCGAUCUGCACUUCGUCCGUCUGAAUCCUCCGACCCCAACAACACCUAA